UCAGGCAGCAGGGCGGCCACAGCAUUGGCUGUUGGGGGCGGUACCGGGCUCCCCUCUGUCCCGCCCCCCAGCCUGAAGCCUGGCUGGCCAGCGUGGCAGAGGGAGGGCGCAGGCCCCAGCUUUGGGAAAAGUUUGUAGGCCACUGCUACAGCGGCGACUUGACCAAGACGUGCAGGGUCCGGUGCCCAGCCCACUCCAGCGCCACUCGCUAGCUAUGGGCCAUCGCCCACCUGCCCUCCCACUCUGUGCCUCCGUGUCUCUGCUGGGUGGCCUGACCUUUGGCUAUGAGCUGGCUGUCAUAUCCGGUGCCCUGCUCCCCCUGCAGCUGGACUUCGGGCUGAGUUGCCUGGAACAGGAGCUCGUGGUGGGCAGUCUGCUCUUGGGUGCUCUCUUCGCGUCCCUGGUUGGAGGAUUCCUCAUUGACUGCUAUGGCAGGAGACGAGCCAUCCUGGGGAGCAAUGUGGUGCUGCUGGCUGGCAGCCUGAUUCUGGGUCUGGCUAGCUCCCUGCCCUGGCUGCUCCUGGGCCGCUCAUCUGUUGGAUUCGCCAUCUCACUGUCUUCCAUGGCUUGCUGUAUCUACGUGUCAGAGUUGGUAGGGCCACGGCAUCGGGGUGUGCUGGUGUCCCUCUAUGAGGUCGGCAUCACCAUAGGCAUCCUGUUCUCUUAUGCCCUCAACUAUGUCCUGGCUGGCAGCCCUUGGGGCUGGAGGCACAUGUUUGGCUGGGCGGUUGCACCUGCUCUCCUGCAGUCGCUCAGCCUCCUCUUCCUCCCUGCUGGUGCAGAGGGAACAGCAGCUCAUCAAGAUCUCAUCCCACUCCAGAGAGGGGAGGCCAGCAAACUGGGCCUGGGGAAGCCACGGUACACCUUUCUGGACCUCUUCAGGGCCCAGAACAGUAUGCAGAGCCGGACUGUAGUGGGCCUGGGACUGGUGCUCUUCCAGCAGCUAACGGGACAGCCCAACGUGCUAUAUUAUGCCUCCACCAUUUUCCAUUCCGUUGGCUUCCAAGGGGGCUCCUCAGCCGUGCUGGCUUCUGUGGGGCUUGGUACCGUGAAGGUGGCUGCCACCCUGACUGCCACGGGGCUGGUAGACCGUGCAGGCCGUAGAGCCCUUCUUCUUUCUGGAUGUGCUCUCAUGGCCUUGUCUGUCAGUGGCAUAGGCCUAGUCAGCUUUGCUGUGUCCCUGGACUCAGGCCCUAGCUGCCUGACCACAUCCAACAGCAGCCAGCAGAUGGACCUACCUCAAAGCUUGGGUCUGCUUGUGCGUUCAUCUCUACCACCAGUGCUACAAACCAGUGGGGAGCAAGGACAACCAGCCCUGUCAACCACUGAGAGAACCAAGCCCCACCCAGUUAUCACAGUGUCCCUGGGACCAGCUAUGCUGGACCCAGCUCUGAAUACCGCCUCUUCAGUGCCCUCCAGUCCCAUCCUUGAGCAUACCCUGCUAUGCUGGUCUGCGCUGCUUUGCAUGAUGGUCUAUGUGAGCGCCUUCUCCUUUGGAUUUGGACCAGUAACCUGGCUGGUCCUUAGUGAGAUCUACCCGGAAGAGAUCCGAGGCAGGGCCUUCGCUUUCUGCAGCAGCUUCAACUGGGCAGCCAACCUCUUCAUCAGCCUCUCCUUCCUUGACCUCAUUGGUGCCAUAGGCUUGGCCUGGACCUUCCUGCUCUAUGGGCUGACUGCUGUCCUUGGCCUGGCCUUCAUCUACUUACUUGUUCCUGAAACAAAGGGACAGUCACUGGCUGAGAUAGAGCAGCAGUUUCGGAUGAGCAGGUUCCCUCUGCGCUUUGGCCGUAAGCAGAACCUCAGCGCUAUCCAGUACCAUCGCCUGGAGGUCUUCUCAGCCUCCUGAGGGGUUUGUCGGCUCGGAAGAUGCUGGGGCAUUGGUUUCGGCAGCCCAUCUUUGGCUCCCUGCCUGCUGGGGCCUGGAACUCAUGGUCUAGGUUUCCUUUUGCAGUGACCCCUGCCCUGGAGGUUGCUGGGAUGAGAUGAACCCCAAACUCCUCAUUUUAAGUGUGAGACUCCAAGGGCUCUGGAAAAAUCUAGCUCCAUGCCUCAGUUUCCUCAUAGAAUUGGCUUGUCUGCCAUGUUUAUAAUGACAUCCUCUGUGGUGUUGUGACCAAGUGCUUCUCAGGUAACCUAGGAAGGAAGUGCCUCCU